GCAUGUAGGUAAUUGCGCGCGCAUGUCCAUAUCUACCCUACCUUUAUUUGUUUGCCGUCGUCAGUGACUAAGGUUACUACGAAGUUGUUUUAAAAUUAAGUAUAUUUAAAUGCACAAAUGUUGUACGUCACACCAGACUCAGAGGGCCCAAAGACGAUUAAAUGGAUUGCAACUUCCUUUAAACUAUUUGCAAGUUAUCGGUUGGGUCGUGUUUUUUAUAACAGCGUUAUUUAACUUUGUUGUGUUGAUCCAGAUACAAUUUUAUGAGUUGAAACUGGUGUCAAUAAUCGUCUACGCCUUUUUGUACGUGUUCCAUAUAAUUUCACAUCUUGUUGCCUUACUACUGGACCCGGGAGAAGCGGAUCUACGAAAACAGAAACCAAGUACUCUGCCGGAGUUUGAUCGUGCGAUCCACGCCCACGUAAUCGAAAAUGGAAGGUGUCAUUUGUGUAAUAUAAACACCAGUUCUAGAAAGACCAAACACUGUGGCAUAUGCAACAAAUGUGUGGAUCGCUUCGAUCAUCACUGCAAGUGGUUAAACAAUUGUGUCGGUCAACGCAACUACGCAGCCUUCAUCUUAUGUGUCAUCUCAGCUCUAUUGAUAGCACUAUUUACGUCGGUUUUAUGUCUUACAGACAUUGCGUUAUUUUUUAAAAAUCCACAUCAGCUAAGUUCGAUGACACGUAACUUUGUAAAUUGCACACAAAUAGCAGAUGUGAGUUAUGACAGUAAAUAUUGUGCAAGUUCCAUAUCGUUUUUAACAUUUCUACUGGUAUUAUGUACGUCUGGUCUAGCUGUAGCAUGUGCUUUGUUACAUUUACUGUGUUUUCAUAUUUACAUAUCGAUCUUGGGUGUCUCUACCUACGAGUACAUAGUAAAAAAUCCGCAAACGACAUCUCUAAGUUAUGGGUUCUGUAGUACUAAAAUUAGAAAGCUUUAUUUAAUUAAUAAUCACAAAACAAACUCAGAUGAAAAGGCUAAUGAAAAAACGAUUUAUAGGCAAAGUACACCUGAGAUAGAACCUAACGUCAAAAGUUUUUUAAGUACUUUAAUUAACGACGAGAUUAGUAAGGCUAAAAAGAUGUUUUUAUACGACAAUAAUAAAAUUCAUCCAAGUACUGAAGAUGGAAUUAGUUAACAUCGCAUUUAAACACCUCUGCGCGGCGGAAUGAUUUUGAGGGUAGGUACAUAAAAAAGUGUUUCUCCCCAAAUGCUUAAAAAUCUAGCCGUAUAUAGAUUACUGCAUUACCUUCUGGCAGAGGAUUAAGAUGCAAGAUAGUAUGAUGUCUUGCUUAGAUAAAUAAAAUUAUCUGAAAUAGCUAACUAUGUACUUGUAUCGGAUUAUUAAUUUAUUAUUGUUAUUGUAUUAUUUACUACUACGAAUACACGCUACGAAUUGUACAAAUUUAUCUACCUACUUAGUUCUUACGAACUACUCAUUUAAGUAUACUUUGUAGACGUGCCUUAUUGUUAUUAAAAAUCAUGGUCGUACUAUCAGAUUUUCGUUAUGUUUAAAAGAAUUGUUUUUAAUUUUUUGCAAAAUAAAAAUUUUAAUGUUUUACAAAACUUUUCGAAGUAAACUAUUUUAGUACCAAAAAUGUAUUUUAUUUCUUGUCUUAACCCUUGAUUAAACCUCUAAUUCGUGUAAAUUAAAUAAAACUUUAGGCAGGUAGGUACUGACAAUGGCCUAGUUCAAGAAAUCGCAAAAUUCCGUUUUUAGGGAAUAAAUUAUUAUUUAUCUAAGCUGAAAAAUGUAACCUAUUAUAAUGCUGUGAUAAUAAUGGAAGUACCUACCUAAGUAAGAAGUGGCAGUUUCGAGAUUGGAAGUACCUACCUAAGUAAGAAAUGGCAGUUUCGAGAUGUUCUAAUAUUUUAUAUUUUUGAUAAAGCUAUUUAUAAUUUACUCGAUUUUAUGUUGAAUCAGUUUCGAGGCAAGAAAUUAGGGAAAUUGAUCGUUUGAUGGUCAUAUUUUUUUUAUCAGAAUGUGUAUGUGUGAAGUCUGACUCAGACUUCACACAUACACAUUCAUUGAAAACAUUAUAUAGAACUCUCAGUCGUGCAGGUUACCACAUGUUUUUCUUGUUGUCCAAUGCUUGCUUUAAACAAGCAAUGUAUUCAAUUCGUCAAACGAUCUUUAUUCCUAUCUGAGUUUCAUUUAUUUUCGGCUAAACUCAAAACAGGUCUAAACUCACAAUUCACAUUCGCUAUUUGUUGUUGUGUUUUAGAAUGUUAAUGGCACAAGGUUUCAAAAUGAUAAAACAAUUGCUGUAAUCAAAUUUAUUUAACAACAAUACCUAUGCACUUACAAAGUUGACUUGUAAUAAAAAUAAAUCAAUAGUACAGACAUUUUUAUUCAUUGCCUAUGGAUAAUCCCUUAGGAGUUGAAGGAGAUAAAAUAAUAAUUUAUUUCUCCAUAAAAUUAAAGAUAGAAAUGAUUAUAACCGUCACAUGCAGCGAGGAGUGAUGGGCGCGGAAACAGAUCAUGUGCAUUUUUCACACUUUCUAAAUACGUACCUAAUGACAUAAUUUUGAAUCUUUUUUUAUAAUAAAAUAUUUUAUACUGUAAUAAGUAAUUAAUUAAGACUAGGAUUUGAAAAUACAUAUUUUAAAUUAAAUAAACUGCAAUAGAAGGGAUUAUCCAUUGGACAAAGUAUUUUUUUACAUGACUAACGUUUAUUUAAAAAAAAAAACAUUAAUUUGGUAAAAACAUAAAUGUGCAUUAUAUUUAAAGACAUUUUUCAAGCUACAAUGAUGAUACAUCUUUAUAAAAGUAAUUUAAUAUUAACUCCCAUGCAUAAUGCAUAGAAGUGCAUAUUAGUAUUCUUACUUCUUACCAUUUGAAUUUUGCCUUCUAAGUAAAGUUCCUUUAGGUCGCCAAAUCGGAUUGCAAGAUUGCCUUCCCUAUUCAUUACUAUAAAUCUGCAUCCUUUAGGUCAAAGCACAACACAAAUACCAACUGCAAUUCGAAUAGGCGACCUAAUGGAAGUUACGCUUUAAAGUAUAAGUAAAUAAAUACAAUUUUAUUAGGUACAUUAGUUUGUUAUUAAGGCCAGUAUAUACGCUUGGCAGCGUAAAGGGCGAUUGUAUUUGACUACAAUAUACGGACACUGUAGUUUUGAAAUUUGUAUGUUGUUAUAUAAUAUAGUUAUAUUUAUUAUGUUUAUUUACCAUUAUCAACUAUGACAGAAAGUUGUAAAAAUCAAUUUUUUUAUUUUAUUAUGUGUACAGUAAAAUCAAAGAAAAUAAUAUGCUUGACUAAAAUUUUUACAAUAGGUACCAGGCAGGAAGUAUUGCACAU